AAAUAAACAAAAAAAAAAAAACAAGAACUAAAGAACCCCACAAAAAUACUAAAAAAAAGAAAUAAAACAAAAAAAUCAAAAAUUGACAGAAUUAAAAACUAAUUUAUGAAUAUGAACAGUCAAAGACUGAGUCUAUGAGGAAUGUUCUGGAGGACACCAGAAAGAAAGAUGAAAAAACAGAAAUGGAAGAAAAACUUAAACAGGCUAAUAAGGAAUAUGAAAGUGUCAUAGAAGAAAUAAACAGGAGAAGGAAUGAACUAGAGAAAAUCAUGUUUGAUAUAUCACAACAAAAUCAAAAGAUUGAGACAGAGAAAGAUCUUCUGAAAAAAGAUAGAAAUAACAUUGAAAAGGAAAGAGAAGAUUUGCAAAGAAGGGCUGAUGACCUAGAGAAGCACAUGACAGAACAAAAAGAAAAAGAAGAGAUGAGUAAAAGAUCAAUGGAUGAAGAGAAAAAGCUUCUUGAGCACAAGGCUGGUGAAAUCUUGAGACAGAAAAAUGAAUUAGAGAAAGAAAAAGACGACAAGAUGAAGAAGUGGAAUGAGCUGGAUGUUCUCCAGAAGAAAAUACAAAAACAAAGAGACGAAAUGGAAGAAAUCAAAUAUGAGUUACAAACUGAAAAGACUAAAAUGAAUCAACAGCAGCAAAGACUGGAUGAGAUUAUAAGAGCUGUGAAUGAGGAGAGGAGAGAUCUGGAGAACAUGAAGAGUGAAUGUGAAAAAUACAGACAACAAAUGGAAGAAGAAAUGAGAGUAAAAGCAAAGAUGGAGAGAGAGGAACUUGAUCAACUGAUGGCCAAGAUAUUGAUAGAACAAAAAGAAACUGAUAGGAGCAAGGAUAUGAUAGACCAUCUAAAGAAGGAAAUGGAGCAAACAAAAGUCAAACUGAAUGCUCAAGAGGAGGAAAUCAAACUGGAAUUGCAAAUAGUGCAAGAUGAAAGGAAAGAUCUGGAACAGUCCAAGGCUGAAAUCAAGAGACAGACUGAUGAAACAAAGAUCAUGAAAGAGCAGACACAACAGUUAGAAAAAGAGAAAGAUGUGUCUGAAACAUUAAAAGAAGAACAUCUAUCUGGACAGCUUCUUCAACAGAAGAGAGAAGAAAUGGCCUCUCAAGGAAAACAGAUACAGAUAGAUGAAGCCAACAGACUCUUAACUGAGAUUCAAAGGGAAAGGGAAGAACUUGAAAGAAACAAAAAAAUCCUUGAACAUCAGAGAGAGACACUGGACGAAAUGAAGAGAAAACAACCAACACAGAGGCUGGAAUUAAUUUUGGUUAGUUCUGCUACACAAACAUCUGAUCUAGACAACAUUCCUGUAGGUGACAUUUCAGCACCUCAGGAACAGAUUGUUGAGGAACACACAGGCAUUCCUAAGGAAUAUACAACUUUCAUGACAAAAGGGAGGGAAGAUGAAAUAGAGAGAAUGAGAGGUCAGGAGGACACAGAGCUCAAAAUGAGAAUAGAAGAAACGGAGAUGGAGUCAAGCCAAAAGGACACCGCACUGGCAAAAGAAUAUAAAGAUAUACCUGAUCCAUCCAUGACAGUAAAGUUGGAGUUCAAUAAAGAUGAAGUCGAUGGCCUUACUGAAAUGUUGAUGACUGAGAAAAAGGAACUAGAAAAGACAAGACUUGUUUUACAGAGAGACCAGAAAGAGAUUGAGACAAUGAGACAACACACUGACAGAGAGAGGAAGAAGCUGGAGAAACAAUAUGAAGAGAUGGAGUUAUGCAGACAGAAUAUGGAAAAUGAAAGAUCUGAGUUAGAAAUGACUCAAGAUCAAAUUAAGAUGGACAUGGAAAAUAUUCUAAUGGAGAUCAAGAGCAAACAGAAGAAAACAGAGAGAGGAGUAUAUAAAAAGAAACAUGGAGGAAAUACAGAACCAAAAGGAAGCAUUAAGAAGGAGAGGAAUGAAGCUGAAAAAAUACUCACUGGGCUGCAGAAGGAGCAAAUGGAAAUGGAGAUGCAUCAGGCAAUGCUAAACUCAGAAAGAAAUGAACUGAACAGAAUGAGAAUCGAUCUGGAGACACAAAAAGAGGAGCUUAGGCUUAUGCAGCAAAACAUAGAGACAGAAAGAGACAAGCUGGAAUCAAGGAUAAGAAGAGCAGAGGACAUAGAAAUACUUUUGGAUGAUGUACUGAAAGAAAAGAAAAGGGUAGAAGAAAUGGCAGCCCAACUUUCCAAAGAACAGGAAGAGUUUAAAAUUAUUAUGACUGAGACAAAUAAAAGGAUAAACAAGAUUAAACAGAUUGAGGAGGAAAUUAAAACAAAGCAAGAAGAAAUGGAGCACACUGAAGAACUGAGACAAAAAGAGCUUCAUCAAAGGAGAGCAGAAUUUGAAAAAAUGAAGACUGAAAUUGACAAUGAAAGAGAAGAAAUUCAGAAGAUACAAAGGGAAUGUGAGAGAGAAAAACAUGAACUGGAGCAAAUAAAAACAGAUUUGCAGAAAGAGGAACCACAGAAAACCAAUGCAGAAGUGCAAUAUGAUGAAACUCACAGUGUUAUGCACACAUUAAAAGAAGAGAAAGAUGAAAUAGAAAGGAUGAAAGCCGACCUCCAGAACGAGCAGAGAGAAAUUGAAAACAUGAUGGACAUUAUAAAAAGAGAGAAGACUGAGCUGGAACAGAAGAAAGCUGAAAUGCAGCAAAUGACUGCAGAAAUAAGGGACACGGACAGUGAUAAGAACUUACAAGAUAAAAUUAUCCAGAUUGAAGCAAUCCUCAAUGAAACCAAGAGACAGAAGGAUGACCUGGAACAGAUGAAUGACAAUUUGAACAGAGAAAAAAAUGAGCUGAAAAGCACCUGUCAGUUUCUAGAAAAAGAAAAGAGAGAAGCAGAAAUGAGAUUACAGGACAUGGUGAAUGAACUGAAUAUUAAGCUUAAGGAAUUAGAAAAUCUACAGAAGUCCAAAACAGAGGAGAGAGAGGCAGAGAAGAAAAAUCUGGAGAAAUUUAAGGAUGAGAUGGCUAAAGAACGUGAAAAAAUUAAAAAGGAAAAUGAAGAUUUAAGAAUGAGAAGAGAAGAGCUGCUGCAAACAAAAGAAGAAAUUCAAAAGCAGACAAAAGACCUAGAAGAACUGAUGAACAAAGUGACAAUUGAGAAGAGUGAGCUAGAACAAGAGAGGUGUGAAAUAUACAAACACAAACAACAAGUGGAAGACAUUGGGAAAGCUGCAGAAAUAAAGUGGGUUGAGACACAGGUAGCCACUGAAAGGUCCAGACAAGAUGACGAGGACAUGCAAGUCUUAAAAACUGAGAGAAAAAGACUAGCACAUCUGAAUGAUCAAUUGCUGAAAGAGAAAGAGGAAACAAAUGCUCUAGAGAAAAUUAUGAAGGACUUACAAAAAGAGAGGGAAAAUCUAAAUGCCUUAGUAAUUCAACAACAAAAAGAAAGAGAAGAGAUGGAUUUACUAGCAGAAGAAAACAAAAGAAAAGAGGAGUAUGCUGAAGUUGAGAUACAAAGACAGUUACAGGACAUCGAAAAUAUCAAGGUCAGGUUGGGAAAAGAAAGGAAUCAAAUUGAACAGAUGAAUGCAGAAAUAAAGACUAAAAAUGAAGAACUAGAGAAAAUAAUCAGAAAACAGCAAAAGGAUUUUGAAAUCAAAGAGAAUGACAUGCAAAGAGAAAGAAAGGCUUUGGAGAAAAUGAAUGUUGAGCUAGAAAGGAAAACCACUGAAAUGGAAAAUAAGAGAGAGAAAGUAACUCUAUGCGAAGCAGAUAUACAGAAACAGAAAACCAAAGUAGAAGAGCUAAGGAACAUCUUAGAAAGAGAGAAAAUUGAACUUGACAGAGAGAAAGCAGAAGUAAAACAAGAAAAACAAGAGAUGGAAAACAUUCUAAAAACCAUCAAGAGUGAGUUGGAAGACCUAGAGCAACUGAAAAAUAAAACUGAGGAAGAGAAGAAAGACAUGCUGGACAGACUGUUAACAGAAAAACAUGAAAUGGAUCAAUUAAAAACCGAGUUACAGUUGGAGAAGAAGAGCAUUGAAGAGGAAAAGAAAAUGCUGAAGCAGUUAAUGAACGAAACUGAAAAUAAAAAAUCUCAACUGGACAGCAACAUUGUGCAAAUGAACAAUGACAAACAAAAUAUUCAAAAAGAAAAAGACUCUCUGGAGGAGAUCAAGGCAGAUUUACAAAGAAAGUCUGAAAAUCUUAAUGAGGAAAUCAGGAAAACUUACCGAAUCACCUCUCAAAUCAGUAAAGACCAAGAGAACAUUCCAAAGAGACUGGAUGACAUGAGAAGAAAAGAAGAAGAGCUCAGUACUAUGCGUGCCGACAUCGAAAGGCAGACAAAGCUUCUGCAAUCAGAUCUACUGCAACUUCAGACACAGAAAGAGAACUUAGAGAAGAGCAAAGCAGAGAAUGAGGCUCUAAGAGAAGAUCUCGAAAAGCAAAAAGAAAAAAAUGACUUGACAAUGCAAGAACUGCACAAAGAGAGGCUGACAUUGGAGCAGAAGAUUACUGAUAUAACACAGCUAAGAGAGACAGUGGAAAGCACACAGAAUGAAAUACGACUUAAAGAACAGGAUCUGGAAAACAAAGAAAAAGAACUUGACAUGCAAAGAAAAGAUGUAGAUAACUUAAGAAACAUUGUGAUGGCUGAGAAAAUGCAGCUGGAAAAGAGGCAAAAUGUAUGAAUCAACAGCAGCAAGAGGUAGAUGACUUGAUUAAUGAAAACAGAAAAAUGAGAAAUGAUUUAGAGAGCAUGAAAGCUCAUCUGGAACAAGAGAGACGACAACUACAAGAAAACAUCAAAACAUUUGAAGACCAGAAGAAUAUUCUUGAUCGAUUCAAAGUACACUAA